UAUUCAGAAUUUCAUUGCAAAAAAAAAAUAGUGAAGAAACGAGGCAAACGGCGACGGCGAUAGCAACUUAGAAAGCAUAAACGGAGAAGAGAGUUGGAGAGUUUUGGGCAGCCCAGGGCGUGUGAUAGCAACUGCAAUAAGUGGUAAAUAGAUUAAUCCCGAGACACAGUGACAUCGCAAGCAGCAAAAUGAGCGGCGGAGGCAUGGACAAGAGAAAACUCUCCACAUCGGGGGACUCGCUGUACGAGAUCCUGGGACUUCCGAAGACUGCCACCGGAGACGAUAUCAAGAAGACUUACCGGAAGCUGGCACUCAAAUACCAUCCGGACAAGAAUCCCGACAACGUCGAUGCUUCCGAUAAGUUCAAGGAGGUGAACCGGGCGCACUCGAUUCUGAGCGACCAGACCAAACGCAAUAUCUACGACAACUAUGGCUCCCUGGGACUGUAUAUAGCCGAGCAGUUCGGCGAGGAGAAUGUGAAUGCAUACUUUGUGGUCACAUCGCCGGCGGUGAAGGCCUUGUUUAUCUGCUGUGCAGUGGUCACCGGCUGCUGCUGCUGUUGCUGCUGCUGCUGCUGCUGCAACUUCUGCUGCGGCAAGUUCAAGCCGCCGGUCAACGAAUCGCACGACCAGUAUGCACAUCUGAACCGCCCCGAUGGCAAUCGAGAGGCUAGUGAUCUGCCACCGCACCUGGGACAGCAGCCACGUCUUGAGGACGUUGAUCUGGACGACGUGAAUCUUGGUGCGGGCGGCGGCCCCGUCACCUCGCAGCCACGCGAGCAGUCCACCGUCUUCGCCAUGCCACCGCCGAGUGGAGCAGCUGUGGGCGUGAAUCCAUUCACCGGCGCCCCCGUGGCGGCCAACGAGAACACGUCGCUGAACACCACAGAGCAGACAACAUACACGCCAGAUAUGGUUAAUCAAAAAUAUUAGGCGAGCCCAAGCCCCCUGUGCAUGCUUACGUUUCAGAUAUAGACACAGACACAUAAACAGAAACAGAAACAGAACAGAAGAAAAGUUAAGCAGAGCAAAAGCUGAUUUAUUUGAUAACUAUUAAAAUUGUUUUUAAGAUGAGUGCCCGUUAUGUUGAAACGAGAAAACAUAUAACUUAUGUAUUACUGUAAGCUGUAGCACUUAACUCUAAUUUUAAAUAAAUAUACUUUGAGGCGACGCUGCCAGCUUCCAAUUAAUGCAAAUGCAGAUGCAGAUGCAGAUGCCGAUGCCGAUGCCGAUGCCAGUCAGGGUUGAUUUUGGUCCAUAUUUCGUGUAACCGUUUCAUCAUUUCCAUUGUUCAGGCCAGGCCCCUCAGGUCUGCACCCGUGUACGCAUAGAUAUACAUAUAUACCAUACCUACAUAACAUACAACUCGAAACGAGAGCGCACCAAUAAUAUACAUACUAUAUAGAGUACGAGUAUAGUAUUUCGAUUCAAUUGCAUGCCGAUAGUUUAUCAAAUCAGAUCUAUGAAAUAUGUAUCUAAAAAUUUGCUUAGGAAAAGGACAGCGGAUCGCCCUCCUUCCUGCGUAGCUCCGUGAAUUGAAUUGUGUGUUUUAACCGAACCGAACCGAACCAAACCGAAUCGAAUCGAAUUGACUCGACUCGACAGAAUUCAACGUGGAAGGAGGCACCUGUAAUUAUAUAUAUAUAUAUAUGUAUGUAAAUGAUAUAUGUAUAUUAGUUUGCAUUUGUGUCGUUGCCUAGCCUUCGGUUAGCUAAAUUGUUCUGGAAUUUUCCUCUUCACCGAUUGUUUCUGUUUCGCACCAAAUUGUUAAUGAAUUAACUUAUGUAAAGCAGACAGAAUAUAUCCUAUUGCAGCUGUCGAUCGGUGAGCGGUGGCGGGUCGAGAGUAGAUUGCUCAGAUCCGACCCGACCCGAUCCGAUCCAAAUGCAAAUGUAAAUAAGUCAAGUUAAACAAUUAAGCAUCACACACCAGACAAACAGAGGAGGAAGAUGAGGAGGAGAAGACGAUGAAAGGCGACACGUAAAGGAAUAUAUAAACUAUAAUAAUAGCCUCCAUCUUUAUACAUAUAUAAAUAUAUAUAUAUAUAUUUAAUACGAGUAAUCAAAAGUUAAAUUGUAACCCCCCAAAAGUAUUGCACAUAUGUAUGUAUUCUGUAUUCUUUCCAAAUUGAAUUGCAAUUCCUGUUUUUUUUUUGUGUGUCAUUUUUGUUGUUAAACCGCUUUUAAAUGUAAAUGAAUGCGAUUAGUCCAGCAAGAAUUAAAUUUUAUAUACAAUA